AUGUUUGCACGCAAGGGUUCACCUCCAUGGAUUCAAGGUGUUCAAUAUUUCAUCCAAUUUGCAACAGAGAGUCUUGGUGAAGGUAUCAAAGAAUUUCGUUGUCCUUGCAUGAAGUGUAAGAAUUACAACAGUUUACCAAAAUCUCUAGAUGAUGUACAUGGGGAUAUUCUUGAUUAUGGGUUCGACAGGCAAUACCGAACAUGGAUCCAUCACGGAGAGCAACCUCGUGUGAAUAAUGUUCAAGCUCGUUCUUUACCUGCCAAUAAUGCUAUGAAUCACGGAGCUGCUGCAUCUUUUCCGAGGAUAUUUGACUUGUUCAAUGAGACACUAGGACGUGUAUGUGGUAUUGAUAAUCCUGAAGACCAUCCGGGUACUGCUGUUGAAGAUGGUACUGUUGUUGAAGCUGGUACUGCUGCUCAAGAUAAGGCUAAUGUGAAUUGCAGGAAGAGGUUGGAGGAUGCAGUCCAACCCUUAUUUCCAGGUUGUGAUGCUGAUCAUACAAAACUAUCAGCAACAGUUGAGUUGCUUAGUAUGCAAGCAAGGUAUCAAUGUUCUGAUGUUUUCAUGACUGAAUUAUUUGGAUAUUUGAAAAUUAUUUUACCAGAUGGGAACACAUUGCCAUCUAAUUGUCGUAAAGCAAAGGACAUGAUUAAGCCAUUUCAGUUGCCGGUCCAUAUCAUCCAUGCUUGCAUUAAUGAUUGUAUUCUCUAUCGCAAGGACUAUGCUAAUGAAGAGAAGUGUCCUAAAUGUGGUGAAAGUAGAUGGAAGAAACCACCCGAAGGGAGUAAUCCAUCAACUAAAAAGGUUCCAGUGAAGAGACUGAGGUAUUUUCCAGUUACAGAAAGGUUGUAG